GUUACCUUUAGAAUUGCAGCAAUUUGGAGCCUCGGAACAUUCACUUCUUGACGAGAAAGAGGACACAACUGCUUCAGGACUCUCUUCUCACCACAGUUCAGAAUCAUGAGGGAGAUUGUGCACAUCCAGGCUGGCCAGUGCGGCAACCAGAUCGGAGCCAAGUUCUGGGAGAUCAUCUCCGACGAGCAUGGCAUCGACCCCACCGGCAGCUACCACGGCGACUCGGAGCUGCAGUUGGAGCGCAUCAACGUCUACUACAAUGAGGCCGCCAAAUCGAAAUUCGUGCCCAGGGCCAUUCUCGUGGACUUGGAGCCCGGCACGAUGGACUCCGUCCGUUCAGGACCCUACGGACAGAUCUUCAGGCCAGAUAACUUUGUGUUCGGACAAAGCGGCGCCGGUAACAACUGGGCCAAGGGACACUACACUGAAGGCGCCGAACUGGUCGACUCCGUGCUGGACGUUGUGAGGAAAGAGGCCGAAAGCUGCGACUGCCUGCAGGGCUUCCAGCUGACACACUCCCUGGGCGGAGGCACCGGCUCAGGAAUGGGCACCCUUCUCAUCUCCAAGAUCCGAGAGGAGUACCCUGACCGCAUCAUGAACACCUAUUCCGUCGUCCCAAGCCCAAAGGUGUCUGACACCGUGGUGGAGCCCUACAACGCAACCCUGUCCGUGCACCAGUUGGUCGAGAACACUGACGAGACAUACUGCAUUGACAAUGAGGCCCUUUACGACAUCUGCUUCAGGACCCUGAAGCUUACCACCCCCACCUAUGGUGAUUUGAACCACCUGGUGUCCCUGACCAUGUCCGGUGUGACGACGUGUCUGCGCUUCCCUGGCCAGUUGAACGCUGACCUGCGCAAACUGGCGGUCAACAUGGUGCCCUUCCCCCGUCUCCACUUCUUCAUGCCCGGAUUCGCCCCCCUGACCUCCAGAGGAAGCCAGCAAUACCGCGCCCUGACCGUUCCGGAACUGACCCAGCAGAUGUUCGACGCCAAGAACAUGAUGGCCGCUUGCGACCCUCGUCACGGCCGCUACCUGACCGUGGCUGCCGUCUUCCGAGGCCGCAUGUCCAUGAAGGAGGUGGACGAGCAGAUGCUCAACAUCCAGAACAAGAACAGCAGCUACUUUGUCGAAUGGAUCCCGAACAACGUCAAGACCGCCGUCUGCGACAUUCCUCCCAGAGGCCUCAAGAUGGCCGCCACCUUCAUCGGCAACUCCACCGCCAUCCAGGAGUUGUUCAAGCGCAUUGGAGAACAGUUCACCGCCAUGUUCCGUCGCAAGGCUUUCCUCCAUUGGUACACUGGCGAGGGCAUGGACGAGAUGGAGUUCACCGAGGCCGAGAGCAACAUGAACGACCUGGUGUCCGAGUACCAGCAGUACCAGGAGGCCACCGCCGACGACGACGCCGAAUUCGACGAGGAGCCCGAGGCUGAAGUCGACGACAAUUAAAAUUCUGCAAUUUUGUGCCCACCGUCCGUGAUUUCAAAAUAAUUAAUUUCCUAUCGAGACGCAUUCCUAACUACGGCCAUGCUUGAAAUUCCCUGAAUUUUUUUACCCAAAUGUAUUGCUAAAUAAUCAAGACUGACCCUCGCCGUCCGCAAUAUGUUUGAAUUUUUUCAUUUAAUUUUGAUACUAUAAAUUCGUCCCAUAUUUUUUUUUUUAUUAUUAUUUUUCGCAAUAAAAUUGGUCUUUCAAAUAAAAAAUAAACACGUUUCCUAAAAGUG